AUGUUCACUCAAUCUAUUGUUAGUUUGGAAUCCAGCAAAGUUUACAAACCAAAAAACAGUUAAAUUGGAGUAUUAUCAACUGCCAUCAGUAAAAUUGGACACUCUAACUUUACCACAAAAACUAGAGAGUCAACUAAUAUGUCUCCAGUCAGAAUGAGAAUAUUUAGAGACUCCUCACCAAAAUAAAGUAAAGGCUUAUAAGGAAUAGUAGUUGGGGAAUACCAGUAUUUAUUUUAAUUAUUUUAGUGCAUUAACAACUGCUCAUAUUGUAUUUAGUAGCAUUCAUAAAAGCACUUCUCCUAUUAGAUCUAAUAAGAGUUAUAAUGAAUCUCCUUAAAGAGCUAAAGCAAGACUAGAUAGAUUCAAGAAUUGGGAUUCAAAAUUAGGACUAGAGCUCUAAAUCUAAAACACAAAAUUCACUCGAUUCAAUAAUGAAUUAUCAUAUUCAAGUUACUAACCUCAUCAUUUAUCCUCUAAAUCAUCUAUAUUCUUGGGUAACAAUCAGAGCAGAUUAGGUUUUGGUGGAAAUUAAAGUGAUAUAAGAUUAUUGAGUGCAAAAUUAAAUGCAAUCCCACCUACUCAAAUUGGAGCAUUUACUGUUGGGUAAGAAUUAAAAAAAUAUAUUUAUAGACAUAAUCAUGAAUUAGCAGACUUAUAAUAAUCCCUAACUAGAAUCUUAAAAUAAAGUCGACAGUAUUGAAC